UGACUUAAUUUUGCAACGCGUGUAAUGGUAAUACAUCUAGCGUUUUUUAUAUACUUAUUUUAUUUUGAAAUGGAACGGUUGAGCUGCUGCUACGUUCAGGCAAUUUUGUCUGCCGGACAAAUCACAACCCGUUUCACUUGUCCAUAUUAGACGGCCUUUAAAGAGACAAUACGAAAUUUAAUUACAGUAUUUCUAUACCCGAACACCGACAGAUACUUUCAACAUGGCUGUGAGAGAGAAUCGCGGCGUUGUUCGGCGUCAUAUCAGCGAACCAGUGGGGAGAAUCUGCCGUUACUGUUGGAAAUAACUGGUUAACAUCUGUAGAAGCCAGUAUGGUAAAAGAGGAGCUUGUCAUGGGUGAGUGUAGUUCUCCUCUUGCAAGCAGCAAGAAUGCCAAAGAAAAGAGCAACAGUUCGACUCUGCGGGCGAUGAGAAAGAACAAGGACUCUGACGACCGCAGCGAGCGUGGCUCCCGCUGCAGCUCGGAAAAGGACUCUGGCUACUCCGACAACUGCGCUGAUUGGCAGCAGACGGAUGCGGAUCAGCAGAGCAAUAAACAUCAGGCAAGAGAGGCUGGAGCUGUGCUGGGUUUUGUUCAAAGCCAAGAUUGUGGGAAAGGAAAACCCGGCGAUCCUAAAUGGAUGCCAAGGGGCCAAGCAAUACAGCCCAUCUACAUCCUCAACCACAGAGCACUCAAGCAGACAGAAGCCAUCCCAAAAAGUGCGCGGCGGUUUUGGACUAAGAGUAGCAGUGACGUCGCUGGUUCCGAUGGCGCUCACAGGAUCUUUUUCCAGCAGCCUAGCUUGAUGCCCGCCGCCCUCCGAAUCCACAAGCCUUUCUCCCAAAAGAACAGUACUUCAGGGAAGAAAGUUACCCCCUACCUACCCAUUCUUGACUCCUACCCACGCAUUGCACCGCACCCCAGCAAAAAGCCUCCUGAUAAAUCAGUGUUGAGCGACGGGGUGCAGAAUUUCAGCAAGAGGGUGUGCACAGAGCAAAAGGGAGAUCUCGAACCCGUAGCCAGGAGUCAGCAGCCGGCAAUCUCCGCUUUAAGGCGGCACCCUUCGUCCUCCUCCAGUCCCACUCGGGAGCCCUCAAAUUCAGCACCCCGCAGUCCGCCCACCUCUGCGCUCACAAACGGGGGCCCUCAGAGAAGCGGAAGCGUCCGCCACCGCCGCUUCUCAAGGCGGGACCCAUCUGCCCGACUCUCGGAAACACAGAGACAGAACUGCGCGGGUGUAGAACCGCGCCGAGAGUUCUUGUCUCGUGAGACUUCCCCUGAAAAGGUCACCUUCGUGCCUCCUGAUAGUUCCACUGGUUAG